AUGGGAGAAGCGUCCUAUUGCUGGACUGCGAGUUAUUGUCUUGGUCUCCUAGCCUGGGAUGGCAAGACGACUCCCACUCAGGCAAGUGCCUGGACUAAGACAAAUGGAUGUGUGCUAGGUUCGGCGAAUAGUAACUAUGGAACUGGGAGCAAUGGAUUCUUCCAAAGUCCGGAUGGUUCACAGACUUGCGUUGUGUAUCAUGCCACUACAUCGAGCUCUGGCGCCUGCGAUGAUAGCAGGUAUACUAUGAUCCAAUUGCUGGGAUCGCAUAGCGAUGGCAGUCCGAACUUUGGGGUUCCAGUUCCUUGGUCACAUGCCUACAGUGAGCCGAGCUGA